ACAUGUGUUUUCUUCAGUUGCAACCUCUGUCCAAAAAUGUUCACAUUGCGAUAUUGACAACAGAUUUUUUUCCCCUGUUUUUCUUUUAGUGCCUUCAUUGUGAUAAAUCCUUCCUCAAUACCUCGUUCCUCCAGAAUCACAUGCAGCGGCGCCACCCAGACGAGUAUGAGAUGGCAGAGUUUCGCUCGGACAGCGAGAACAAAUCCCAGAUUGAAAUCCUCAAAUCUGUGAUCAGCGGCCUGAAAGAGCAGAUUGUUCAGCAGCAGCUGGCCUUGGAAACCAAAGCAGCUCAGGAGAAGGAGCACAAAGACCUGCAGAGAGAACUGGACCACUUCAAGGCAGAUGAGAUUGCGCGCAUGGACAGAAAGAUAGAGGACGGCAUUCGCAGGGAGAUGGAGUUUCUCUACACCCGAAACAUUCAGGCUCUCAACGAAGUGAAUCAGAAUCAGACGGCUAAACAUGAGAAACCGGCCAGCCCGGUUCCCUCGCAGCCGGAGAGGGAUCUGGACAACUACAGAGAGACGCAAGCCGUACAGAAGCUGGAACAGCAACUGAAAAAACAGGAUAAAAAGUGGAGGUCCAGGCAGGAGGAGAUGAACGCCCAACACGAGUCUGAGAAGAACCACCUGCUGGACGAGCUGAGCAGAAUGCAGUCGUCCUUGUCCGAGCUGCAGCGGCAAGAGCAGAAGUUGGGCAGGAGGCUACAGGAGCAGGAGCACACCAUCAAGGCUCAGGGAGAGCAGAUACGGAAUAUCUCCUCGAUUCCACCCACCAAAGUAGUGGAAGUGCCAGUCAUCCUCAGCGCGCCCGCCCCAGAGCCCAAACCCAAGAGAGUGGUGCUCGAGGAGCCGGUCUCUGCUCCUAAGCUGGAUCCUAUACAGGAGCUGUCAGAAGAGGAGAAAGAUUCGAGCAGCUUCUCUGAGAGGAGGCCAGUGGAGAAGAAGCCCGGGCCUGCACCGGAGAAAAAACAGAGGGCUCUUAAAAAGAACCCCAACAUCAAAAGGGAGAUGCGGCCGGAUCUGGAGCAGGCCGUCGUCAAAAAGCUGGAGAACCUGGGAGUGAAAUCUGACCAGUGUGGCCUGAAGGACAAAGAGCUCAGCUCCAUUCUGGCCAUGCUGCACUUAAAGCGGGAGAGUGUCGCGAGGGGGAUGCCCGACUACUGGCGCCAACGGGAGGAGAUCGUCAGCACCGCGGAGGAGACGCUGGCCCGUCAGAGGAGAGGCAGAGACCCGUCAGCCGAGUCGCAGACCAGACCCAGAACGGCUCAAGUGAUGCAGAUCCGCCCCCGAUCCAGCAGCCUGCCCGCCAGAGCGACCCAGGUGGUGUCCGGACCCGCGGUCAAACAGCCCAAGACCCCACAACCGGCACCGAGGGUCAGGGCCACCGCCCAGCCCAAGACCUCCACGCCCAAGACCGCUCUCAGGACCUUCACCUCCAAGACCCCCCCUUUCAGCUCGGAUGAGGAAUCUGAAGAAGAGGAUUCGGAUGUCAAGGAGGAACGUCACCAAAAACCCCAGAGGGGCAAAUCGCCUCAGCCCAGACUAAACCAGGUCCAAAUCCGACCUAGCAAAGCCAGUCCUGUCCAGUCCAGGCAGACUCAAGCCAGGCAGUCCUUCACCUCCGGCCCUCAGCAGGACUGGGGCCCAGCGGGAAAUGUCACGAAGACGGCAGUCGCCACGAUGGAGAGCGACGAGGACGAGUGGUCGGAGGUCAGCGAGCUGCAGGAGAUCGACCCUAAGCGUCUGCAGAGCUUCAAAGACCAGAACGGCAACGUGGACAAGAGGAACUUUGGCAAAGAAAGCAAAAUCAACAACCUGGCUAGAAAGGUGGAGAAGCAGUUCUCAGAGAGAACAAUAACGAAACCAGCAGGGGGCAUCAGCAUCUUACCGGAGAGGAACGAUGAGGUCCAGGAGCUCACGUUCACAGACCUGGAGGAGAGCAGUGAAUGGGCGGUGUCCUCCUUAGAGGACAGACGGGAAACGGCCAGACCGUUGAGGAAGAGCUUGGACUCGCCCAGCACCAGCGUGUGGGGAACUUCCACCGGGAAAGGUGUCAAAUCAGGUCUGACUGGCGGCGGAACAGGAAGCACCCUGAAGAGCAGCAUGUGCUCCCUCAGCGACAUCAGCGACUCCGAGGACAUUAGCAAUAAGUAACCGCAAGGCGACAUAGCAAGCACAGACACAAAGACCUCAAUAAGCCCAGGUGACACCUCCAGUCUGUGAUUCACAGUCCGGUUUUAUUCUGCUAUAAUACAGAGAGAGCAAUACGUGGAAGGAAGACCGUCUUCUAAAUAUGAUAGUUAAAACACAAGUGACACCUUUAGCCUGGAACCAAUGCUUUGAUUGCCUUAGACCUUUUAACCGAUCAACUUUUAUAUUUCUUUUCUUCCCUUGGGGUUAUAUUCCAAUGAAUAUAUACGACACUCCAAACCAGAUGCUGUAUGUAGUAUGUGUCAAAUUUUUCUACACCAAAUUGUAUAUUGCCUUCACGUGUGAAACCGAGCAAUGAUCUCAUUUUUGUAUGAUAAAUAUUUAUACGAGCAAUAAAAUCUAUUUCUAUGUGGAAUCCA